AUGAGUCUUAAGGAAAGUCUAUUCAAAUCGACGAAAGACAAGACAUUCAGCAAUGAGGAGUCAUUGCCAGCCCUCCCGGUGCCGACACUCGACCAGACACUGGACUGCUAUCUGGAGUCCGUUCGGGCCAUCGCUGGCGAACAACAGUAUAAGACAACUCAAGAGAUCUGCCAUCGCUUCCAGACGGGCGUCGGACUCACUCUUCAGCGACUGUUUGAGAAGCGGACACAAAAUGCCAAGAAUUGGUUAACCCAUUGGUGGUUAGAUUACGCGUAUCUCAUGCAGAGAUCACCACUGAUUCCCUUCUCCAACAUCACUGGACUCUCAUUUCCAGAGGAUAGUGUCGUGAAAGCCAUUGACACCAAUUGCCUCGCCUUUCCUCCCAUUCCUCCCAUUCCUCAUAACCAUUAA